AAUAAGAACACAAAUCCAACUCACUCCCUUCCACUCCACUUUAAACAACUUCUUCUUCUUCUUCUUCUUCGUCACUUCCUUCCGUCAUAGUAAAAUACUGUAGUUACUAUGUUGACACUAACACACACUUUCUCCCCUUGUUCCACGUCAUCACCACCAUCCUCACCUCCCAUUCUCCGCCCCCAAAGUCACUCCCUCCACCUCCGUCAUCACACUUCCCUCUUUAAUCCCCUCAGGAGUAAAUUGGAAAUGUCGAUGGAGAAGAAGAAGAAGAAGAUAGGGCGGAUCGGUAAUGUAGUAGUGUGUUAUGCUGCACCUCCUUUAACAACAACUAACCUUCAGUGGAUCGCUACCGUCUCUUCUGUGGUUUUGAUGUUUGCAAAAGGCACCGCGAUUCAAAAGUCCUUUCUUGUUCCUUUCUUUGCUUUACAAGCACCUGCAAGCCUAGUGUCUUGGAUCAAGGGUGAAUAUGGUAUCUGGACAGCAUUCUUGGCACUCUUAGUUCGCCUUUUCUUCUACAUACCUGGUGAAUUGGAGUUACCAUUUAUAGCAUUACUAAUGGUAAUAGUGUCGCCUUACCAACUUACAAACUUAAGAGGAAGGCAAGAAGGGAUUGCUCUUUCUUUAGUUAUUGCCGCGUUUAUGGCUUUCCAGCAUUUCACGCGAGUAGGAAGCUUAAGGAGGGCAUUUGACCAAGGUUCUAUCAUUGCAACAUUAGCUAUACUCUGUGUUGUUGCCAUGCCAUGCUUGCUCCUAAUCUGAACAAUUCCCUCUGAUCUCUUGAAAGAAAUUUACAUAUGUAAACCCAUACGAUAUAUCUUACUUUUGUCAUUAAGUUUGUAUAAAUACAUCUGUGAGACAUGAUAGAUACAUGUACGGAUAUCUGCUCCUAUUAUUCAACUAAUAAAUAAACACUUACAAAAAGCA